AAACCCAGAAACCAAGCCCAGGCUCUGGGAGACCUGAAAGCCUGCCGCUGAAUCCGACAGCACUGAGAUUUUAACUCAAACGAGCCCAGUCCUGGGACAGACACGCUGCCUACCUGCCAUCGAGGACAUAUGGAGCUGUGGUCGUGAGCUCCUUGUCACUGGCAUUGCCGCGCUAGGUGCGCGCCCGGCUCUCCCAUUGGUAUGCAGCUACCAUUUCCCUGCAAGUCUCCAAGGUGGAAACACUUAAAAGGAUUACAAGCGUGAUUUGGUGGCCUUUCUGAAAGUUGGUGGCUGGAGGAGAAGCUGCAAGGCUACAGCAUGAUGGAUACAAUUCAGCCUCUCAGAGAGUUUAUACCCCCUGCUGGGAAGCCCCUCGGAGCAAACCUCGGAGAUCGUGAGCGCUCUGAAGCCAUAGUUUUGUAAUCAACAACGAACGAUGAAAACUUCCAUAGCUGAGAUGCUUCACAGAGGGAGGAUGCUGUGGAUAAUUCUUCUAAGCACAAUUGCUCUAGGAUGGACUACCCCAAUCCCCUUGAUAGAGGACUCGGAGGAAAUAGAUGAGCCCUGUUUUGAUCCAUGCUACUGUGAAGUUAAAGAAAGCCUCUUUCAUAUACAUUGUGACAGUAAGGGAUUUACAAAUAUUAGUCAGAUUACAGAGUUCUGGUCAAGACCUUUUAAACUGUAUCUGCAGAGGAAUUCGAUGAGGAAAUUGUAUACCAACAGUUUUCUCCAUUUGAAUAACGCUGUGUCCAUUAACCUUGGAAACAAUGCUUUGCAGGACAUUCAAACAGGAGCUUUCAAUGGCCUUAAGAUUUUGAAGAGGCUAUAUCUACAUGAGAACAAACUAGAUGUCUUCAGAAAUGAUACCUUUCUAGGCUUGGAAAGUCUGGAGUAUCUGCAGGCAGAUUACAACGUCAUUAAACGUAUUGAAAGUGGGGCAUUUCGUAACCUCAGUAAAUUGAGGGUUCUGAUUUUAAAUGAUAAUCUCAUCCCCAUGCUUCCAACCAAUUUAUUUAAGGCUGUCUCUUUAACUCAUUUGGACCUACGCGGAAACAGAUUAAAGGUUCUUUUUUACCGAGGAAUGUUAGACCACAUUGGCAGAAGCCUGAUGGAGCUCCAGCUAGAAGAAAAUCCCUGGAACUGCACAUGUGAGAUUGUACAACUGAAGAGUUGGCUGGAGCGUAUUCCUUACACUGCCUUGGUAGGCGACAUCACUUGUGAAACCCCUUUUCAUUUCCAUGGAAAGGAUCUCCGAGAAAUCAGGAAGACAGAACUCUGUCCCUUGUUGUCUGACUCUGAAGUGGAGGCUAGUUUGGGGAUCCCCCACUUGUCAUCAAGCAAGGAGAACACAUGGCCAACUAAGCCUUCCUCAAUGUUGUCCUCUGUCCAUUUCACUGCUUCUUCUGUUGAAUAUAAGUCCUCAAAUAAACAGCCUAAGCCCACCAAACAGCCUCGAACACCAAGGCCACCCUCCACAUCUCAAGCUUUAUAUCCUGGUCCAAACCAGCCUCCCAUUGCUCCUUACCAGACCAGACCACCUAUUCCCAUUAUAUGCCCUACUGGGUGCACCUGUAAUUUGCACAUCAAUGACCUUGGCUUAACAGUCAACUGCAAAGAGCGGGGAUUUAAUAACAUUUCAGAACUUCUUCCAAGGCCACUGAAUGCCAAGAAACUGUACCUGAGUAGCAAUCUGAUUCAGAAAAUAUACCGUUCUGAUUUUUGGAAUUUCUCUUCUUUGGAUCUCUUGCAUCUGGGGAACAAUCGUAUUUCUUAUGUUCAAGACGGAGCCUUCAUCAAUCUACCUAACUUGAAGAGCCUCUUUCUCAAUGGCAAUGAUAUCGAGAAGCUUACACCAGGCAUGUUUCGAGGCCUGCAGAGUUUGCACUACUUGUACUUUGAGUUCAAUGUCAUCCGAGAAAUCCAGCCUGCGGCCUUCAGCCUCAUGCCCAACUUGAAGCUGCUAUUUCUCAACAACAACCUGCUGAGGACCCUGCCAACAGAUGCCUUUGCAGGCACAUCCUUGGCCCGGCUCAACUUAAGGAAGAACUACUUUCUCUACCUUCCUGUGGCUGGUGUCCUGGAGCACUUGAAUGCCAUUGUUCAGAUAGACCUCAAUGAGAAUCCUUGGGACUGCACCUGUGACCUGGUCCCCUUCAAACAGUGGAUUGAAACCAUCAGCUCAGUCAGCGUGGUGGGCGAUGUGCUUUGUGGGAGCCCUGAGAACCUCACCCACCGUGAUGUGCGCACCAUUGAGCUGGAAGUUCUCUGUCCAGAGAUGCUGCGUAUUGCACCAGCUGGAGCAUCGCCAGCCCAGCCUGGAGAUUCUCACCUUCUUGGGGGGCCAACAAGUGCAUCACCUUAUGAAUUCUCUCCACCUGGGGGCCCAGUGCCACUUUCUGUGUUGAUUCUUAGCUUACUCGUUCUGUUCUUUUCGGCAGUCUUCGUUGCUGCAGGCCUCUUUGCCUAUGUGCUCCGACGACGCCGGAAGAAGCUGCCCUUUAGAAGCAAGCGGCAGGAAGGUGUGGACCUAACUGGAAUCCAAAUGCAAUGCCACCGACUUUUUGAGGAUGGUGGAGGUGGUGGUGGUGGAAAUGGAAGCGGAGGCCGACCAACUCUUUCCUCUCCAGAGAAGGCCCCUCCUGUGGGUCAUGUAUAUGAGUACAUCCCCCACCCAGUCACCCAGAUGUGCAACAACCCUAUCUACAAGCCUCGUGAGGAAGAGGAAGUAACUGUUUCAUCAGUCCAGGAACAAGGGGCUGCAGAACGUGGAGGUCCUGGGACACAGCCACCAGGAAUGGGCGAGGUUCUCCUAGGAAGUGAGCAGUUUGCUGAGACACCCAAGGAGAACCACACCAAUUACCGGACUUUGCUGGAAAAAGAGAAAGAGUGGGCCCUGGCAGUGUCCAGCUCCCAGCUCAACACCAUAGUGACGGUGAACCACCAUCACCCUCACCACCCAGCAGUUGUUGGGGUUUCUGGAGUAGUUGGGGGGACUACGGGAGACUUGGCUGGGUUCCGCCACCAUGAGAAGAAUGGUGGGGUGGUGCUCUUUCCUCCUGGCGGAGGCUGUGGUGGUGGCAGUAUGCUACUAGACCGAGAAAGGCCACAACCAGCCCCAUGCACAGUGGGAUUCGUGGACUGUCUCUAUGGCACAGUGCCCAAAUUAAAGGAACUGCAUGUCCAUCCUCCUGGCAUGCAAUACCCAGACUUACAGCAGGACGCCAGGCUCAAAGAAACCCUUCUCUUCUCGGCUGGAAAGGGCUUCACAGACCAUCAAACCCAAAAAAGUGAUUACCUCGAGUUAAGGGCCAAACUUCAAACCAAGCCGGAUUACCUCGAAGUCCUGGAGAAGACAACAUAUAGGUUCUAACAGAGAAAGAAAGAUAAAUUAGUGUGUGUUUCCCCCCCAAAAAAGAAAAAGAAAGUAAAAGAAAUAUAUCUCGUUCUCCCUUUACACUUUCCCCAGUAACUCCUUCUUCAACCUUCCCUACCCUGAACAGAACUGAAACCGCAUGAUAACUAGAGAAUACAGAUGUAUGCUCUCCCCCUUUCAAAUGUGAUUUGGAGGAAGGGCCAUACUCAGAUCAUUAAUCAAUGAAGUGCCUUCGCAGACUUUUGCCAGCAAAUGUUAUCAUUAUUUUUUUAUACUGAAACUUGAGACUUUGACUGUGCCAUGUAUAAGAUAUAUUAGGGAUCGUUGUAUUGAUCCUAAUGAAGUAAAAUUCAAUGUGUCUUUUU